UGUCCGUCGCGUGUAUGUACUCAUACAAUAUGGCGUUAUUGUGUAAAAAUGAAUAAAUAUUUUGGACGUUCGCUGAAAAAGGUGUGAAAAAUUGUAAUUCAAUACAAAAAUAAAAGUUUUUAAAAGUGCGUAACAUUAAUAAACCGAGAAGGAAGUAAAGAGUGGAAACUUUCAAGUGCUGCUCGAAAGAUAAUAUUAAAUUUUACCCUUUGCACUGCUGAGGCCGGUGUAACUUUUGAGGCGCCAAAAAUCAGAAAACAAAACAUUAAAAUGGAAGAAGAGAUAACGGCAGCGGCUGCGACAAAUGGAGUGGCCGGAGGAAAUGGUGAAGAGGGGGCAGUGACGGCGGAGGUGGAAGCGGUUGCUUCGACCAAUGUGUGGGAAGCGAACAACGAAGUGGAGCGGGAAAACGAAGAAGAAGAAGCAGCAGCAACAGCAGCAGUUGUUGGCGAUACUGUUGUUUACAUGAAUGAGGGUGACGCUGCGCCGAAUAACGAACCGAGGGUGGAAGCUGCCGCCGAGGAGGAAAUGGGUGAAGCCGAAUACCUGGAGGAUGAAAUGGCCGACGAUGACGACGAGCAAGGGAGAGAAAAGGAGUCAACCGCUGUGAUCGAAGAAGCAGCUGACCAAAGUAAUGCUAAUAAUGCGCAGGGCAAAGAAACACCCACAACAACAGCCACUGAAUCAGGUGUGUCGGAAGAUAAAGCAGAUAAAGUGGCAACAGCAGAAGGAGCAGUUGAGGAAGCUGCAGAGGAGGAGGACGUGGAGGGGGAGGGGGAGGAUGAGGAGCUGGUGGAGGAGGAAGAGGAGGAUGAAGAUGAGGAAGGAGAACUCAUCACUGGUGACGAUGCACAGGAGCAGCUUAAAACAGCCGGAGAGCCGUCGGAUGAGGCGAAUGUCAGUGCACGCUCUGGUGCCCAAAAGCAGGAGGAGCCAGUGGAUGAGAAUCAGUGUCGUGUUUGCACCAGCAAGGACAAUUUAGUCAGUUUAUUUACGAAGACAAGCGAUGCCACCACGCCAGCUGACAUGUUGCUCUUAAUUUGCCCCAAUGUGUCCAUAGCGCCCAAGGACUUUAUGCCACAGUUCAUAUGCAACAGCUGCCAGCAAAGUCUCACAGUUGCCAUACAGCUGAGGAAGCAGCUGGAAACCACGGAGAGAGAUUUACGCAAGCGACUGUCGCGCAGCAAAAACAAAGUACGACGUCCACGUGGCUAUGUGGUCAUUGAUGCCCCCGUUUCCGACUCGGCCAGCGAGGAUGACGAAGAGGAGCUCAACGAUGAUGUGGAGUUUAAGGUAUCCGAUGUGGCGGGCUCUACAAGUGCGGAUAGCGACUCUGCCGACUCGGACAUUAGCGAGAAACGCAAGCCAGGCAGGCGACGAGGUCGCAAGAAGAAGAAGCGAUCGACGGGCUCCGAGGAGGAGUAUCCGCCUAAGAAGAGGAGUCUGCAGACACCACCCGCCGCCGCUGCGCAGGGACCCUUUGAGUGUGACCAGUGCGAUCUAAGUUUUCCACGCAAGCAAUCCUAUGUGAUGCAUCGCAAGACGCACGAGUCUCGCUACGAAUACCUCUGUCAGAUAUGCAACAAGAAGUUCAAGGUGCGGGGCGCCUACAAGACGCACAUGGAGCGCCACGAGGCGGAGCGUGCACAGUUCCGUUGUGAGCUAUGCGCCCAGGUUUUCAGGCUGCGCGCCGAACUGAAGCGGCACAUGGCUGUGCGUCAUGAUGAACAUGGCGUCAUCUAUGAGUGCAAGCGCUGCCAACGCACGUUCCUAACACAGCAGCGUUUGCAGCGCCAUCAGAGCACUAGUUGUAUCCGUCACUCGGAGCAGAAAGUCAGACGUCAGACCAACGAAAGCUAUCCCAGCCAGGGACGGGAUCUGUUCAAGUCGGUGGCACCGCCGACCACAACUUAUUGGAGCGACAGUUUCUCGGACUAAUUUUCCUUUAUCAAUACUCGAGCAAUGCAAGUGCGAGUUUCAAUUUACAGUUUCUGUACUAAUUAAUCUAAGCUUAAAAUAUACGUACAUAUGUGCAAUCUUGUACAAUUCAAACUUAA